AGGCGGGUCAAAGAUAAUUAUCCACGUCCCUCGGUCUCUUGGCAUAGAACAAUGACAAAUACCACUGGAAUCAUCUAUUUCAAUUCAUCUCCGGAACCCUAUGAAAUUUUCUCUUACCAUGCUGACACUGUUGGGGGAACCAGGCGAGACUUCAGAAUGAGGAUAGGAGCUGGAAAUUCUUUUCAGAACAACAAUGUUAAAUGGACAAAGACCAAUGUUGAGCAUGUGAAAAGGUCUCUUUAUAAGAAGGAGUUGGAGAUUCCAGCAGAGGGAUGGAGGGCCUUCUUCGUUCAGGCCAUCUUUCCAAGAGACAAAAGUGAGCAGCACUUGGUGUUUACAUCAGAAAUCCACAUCAUUCCGGACACUUUUCCGUGUCCUAAUUGCAAAGGUGAUGGAUGCCGUGGAACACUGGUCUAAAAAAACUUCAAGAAACAACGAUGAAGCAAUUCAGUUUUCUUAAGGGAAUUUUGGUGGUGGUUCUAGAACUUAGGUGGUAUAGUGAAGGAAAAGGUACAAUGCAGAAGUGUGCUGUCAUUGUAGUUCUAAUAGUAAAGUAUCCAGUAACAGCUUUAAGACUAACAAAUUUAUUGUAGCACUAGCAACAAAGCCCAUUGUGGGAAAAAGUAUAUGUUCUAGAAAGGGGAG